AUGGGGAGCAUCUCGCCCUCAGAAGCCACACCCGCAGCACUCCCAGCGUACAAAACCCCAUGGAUCCAGACACCGCUCGUUGAAUCCGCCGCUCUCUCCCGGGCAGCAGGCUGCCGAAUCUUUCUGAAACUCGAAAACGUGCAACCCAGCGGCUCCUUCAAGUCCCGCGCCAUGGGCAACCAGAUCCUCUCUCACCUCUCGAAACCCGAAAACGUCAACCGACCCGUGCACUUCUAUGCCUCUUCCGGCGGCAAUGCCGGUCUUGCUGCUGUCUGCGCGGCCCAGAGCCUGGGAUACCCCUGUACAGUUGUUGUCCCUGUACCAACGAAGCCAUUGAUGGUGCAGCGGCUGCUCACCGCCGGUGCGGCGGACGUGAUUCUGCACGGGCAAACUAUUUCCGAAGCCGGGGAGUAUAUGCGGGACGUACUGAUGAAGGAUAAUGCAUCGCUUGGUGUAGGUUGCGGGCCCAAUGGCAACGGGGUGGUGAAGGUUGCCCUGCAUCCAUUCGAUAACGAGCCGAUCUGGGAGGGAAAUAGUACACUUGUGGACGAACUGGUUACGCAGUUACCUCCUGCAGUUGGGGAGGAGGAAAGCGCGCGGUAUGCUCAUCGAGCAAUGCCCGUGGAUGCAAUUAUCUGUAGCGUCGGCGGUGGGGGACUGAUGAAUGGUAUUGUCAUGGGUAUUGAGCGGCGGCUGCUGUCCCGUCAGGCAGCUCACACCAAGAACACGACUUCCCCUAUUCACAUUGUCGCUGUGGAGACGCGGGGGACGGACUCGCUAGCUGCGGCUCUGGAAAAGGGGGAGCUUGUCUCCUUGCCAAAGAUUACUUCGCAGGCGACAUCGCUGGGUGUUGUCCGCGUAUCGGAGAGGACCUUCCAGUAUGCGGUGAACCCGCCGGAGGGGGUUAAGGUGCAUAGCACGGUACUGCCUGAUGCGGAGGCAGCGAGGGGAGUACUUCGUCUAGUUGAUGAUGAGCGAAUAUUGGUGGAGUUGGCGUGUGGAGUCUGUGUCGAGGCUGCAGUUGGUGAUGCCGGGAGGAAACCAACGAAGAAGCGAAAGAGGGCCUUGGAUGAGGGAUAUGGCGAUGACCGAUCUUCAUCUGGAGAGAACGAGGCAGAGGAAGAAGCGACAAUCGGGCUGGCCCCGUCGUCGUCGUCGUCGCCGCCGCCGCUGCAGUCGAAACUUAAGCAGCUGGUCCCGGAAUUAGGGCCAGAAAGUCGUGUCGUUCUCGUCGUCUGUGGUGGGAGCAACGUAACCAUUGAUUCGGCAGUGGAAUGGAGGAAGAUGCUCCAGGACGGUUGGGGGAGGUAG